AUGUCUAACCAUGGUUAUUAUGGUGGCUACUCCCUUGUGCGCUCCAGCACAAACGCCACAGGGGGUAGCAGUGCUGGCAGCGACAAGGCGGCGGCCGCAGCAGCAGUGGGUCUCGCCCGGGUGAAUUUCGCCUCCUGCAAUAGCGACUGGAUGCCGUCACUUGCAAGGUCGUCGGCCGCCGGGGCACGCUCCACGGCGGCGCCCGUCGAUGCGGGAGUGCAGCCCGCUGCUGCAGCUACUGAGUCUGCUACACGCAACACUCUCCUGCGGGCAUUCCUCGGCGUGCAGAACUUCUACCGCGGUGUGCCACUGAGAGCCGUCAAUAACAACACAAAAGUCGGCGCGACACCGUCCGGUACAACCACCACGUCAACGGCUUCUUCGGCGACGGCGGCACCGGCGGCUAUUUCCGCGGAAAAGAGGAAUAAGAAGAAGAUAUUGAGUAUUCCAACCCCAAUCGGUAGCGACACGUGGGCAGCCCUCAGCGACGCUGCGCUCACGGCAAAAUCUGGUGUUGUCGCGACAAGACAUGGAGUGUCACGCCCGGUUGCGCCUAUGGCCAUUGGUGUGUCCGAAAUGGAUCUUGAGGAAGAUCUGAGGCCGCAGCGCAGAGCCCCGGAACCCCUCUUCCGUGAUCUUCUUGCCUUAUCCUCGCCUUUAGAAACCAAUACGUACACCGAUUGUAGCUACAACCUGAGCAGCACUCAUCGGAGUGAGCCGGUGCCAGUGGGUGGUCUCCAGCUGGUGCAUGAGCGCCACCACCCCGUACCACCCACUCCCAUUUCCGUGAGCCCUCUGCUGGUGCCACAGAAUGGGGACAGCGCCGAGCAGGUGGACGCUUUUGCGCGAACAAGGGAACCCGACUCCCCCGAAAUGCCAUUAGAAGAGGGCUACUUUGUAUCGCAGGCGCUCCUGGAUGAGGUCAACGCGGGUAGCAUCAUCAGAUCCGCCUCUCCCAUCAGCCCACAGGAGGAGAGCGCAACUAUUCCACUACUUUUUGGUGGAAGUGGUGGUGGUCGCCGCAGCGCUCUGUCAGGAAGCCUGCUUCGCGAGGGUGAUGAAGAGAUUCGUCUCUUCGACGGCGAUGAAGAGGAGGAUGCUCUGGAGCGCAUCAAGCGGGCUAUUAACAUCGUCAUGUCGGUUGCCGCCACCGAGACUCCUGCCCCGGACGCUGACGCCGCCAUGCCCAAACCGAAGAAGGGCGUAGACUUUGACAUGGAGUGGGUGAACGCCAAGCACCACGGCCAACAGCAAUGUCCCUUCUUCCACGGCAUCUAA